AUGACCACUUCCUGUUCAUACGACUUCAACUCUCUUUUCUCUCUACGCUCUCAAGCAAUCCUUCCUCUUCACCACACUUCUGCCCAAGCGCUCAAUCUAUGGUCUCCAUCUGCGCAAUACAACGCGCACGGCCAGACGCAGCCCUUUCCCUUUGCUGACUACGUCCGUGGAAUCGGCUCCAUCACCACUACCAAAGCCAUCAACGACAUCUUCGAAGACAUGUCCUGGGACGCUCCUGCUCAAGACUCUUGGGGCACCGCUGAGGCGCAGCCCGAGCUGUCUCCAGUCGCCGACCACAAGACUGAUCCUGUCGCUGCUGAGGAGCCCACUGCUGGACUCACUAGCGAGAUUACUGUCGAUCCUUCUUCCUCCGUGGCUGCAGCUUCUCCCACGACCAGCGAAGUGCGCAAGUCUUCACUCGCCGAUCUCACCAACGGUGAUCGUGAAGCAAUUAACGCUCAUCUCGCUAAGCGUCUGGGCCCCCACAAGUUCCUCUCCCGCUACAUCAAACAGAAGGACGAUGCUGAACUCGCCGACACCGUAAUCGAUCACGCUAUGAACGGUCACGCUGCUCACACUGACAUGUCUGAGCCCGAUGGCGCAGCUUCAGUCGUUGGUGGCUCUAGUUCCAACCUCUCGACCAGCGCCAGCGCCAUCGUCAUCAAGAAUGAAGCUUUCCAAACUGCUCCUGACCUCGAGACCUCUAACCUGCUGAGUGGCACUACGCCCACUGCAUCUGUCGCCGAUGGCGUCGGGUCUACUAUCCAGUCUACUAUCCCGUCUUCCAACCCGUCCCCUCGCCCUUUGCGCAGCCUUGGUCCUCACCACAGACUGAAGGCCUUGGCCAUGGCUCAGGACAUUCCUCUACCCCAGUCACCUGCCCCUGUCGCCAAGUCAGCCAUCGAUACUAAGCCUGCCAUCGUCCAAGGCAGUCCACCCACAACCUCUGCAGCUGACGACGGCAAUGAGUCAGACGUUUCGUCGCUUGCUUACGAAGCUUUCAAGACCGAACUUCCUAGCUCGUCUGACAAGGAGAAGCACAUCGAUCUCAAGGCCCAUACCCCCAGCCUGAACCCCAGGGCCGUCGACUACCUUCCUCCGCGUUCCACUUCGCCUCUUACUCUGUCCAAGAAUGCCAUCAGCGACUCAGAGGCUGAAUACAUCAACAACUGCUGCCCUGUUCCUUCUAACUGGUCGAUUCCCACCAUCAUCGGAUCCUUCACCAACGUCAAUGUCGGCGAGUUUACCAUUGGUAGUAUUCACAAGCCACUUCUCAACCAUUACUCGCAGUUCUUUGCCACUGCCUUCACAGAUGAUUCCGAGGUGAAGAAGGAGGAGCUCGUCCAUGUCAUUGAAGACCCUUCCUAUGCUGUCUUCCGUGAAUGGGUGUACGGAAGGUCGUUUGCUCAAGCUUACGACAACAUCGACCUGAAGACACUCAUCCAGCUCUGGCGCUUUGGUGCACGUAUCCAAGCUCCUCUCUUUACCAACACUGUCGCCGAUGCUAUCAUCAGGAAGACAAUCACUGCCGAUGAUCUCUCCGCUGCUGCCGAUGAAAUCGACGCUCUCUUGAAGGUGGUCGCUGUCAACAGCACAUUUCGCUUGUUGAUCAGCCAUUGCGUAAUUCUGAGCGGUGUCCAGCUUAACCAAGACCAGGUCUGGCCCGAACCACUGCUCUUGUCCAUUCUGCUCUGCUUGAACAUGGGCAGAUCUACCUGUGCUGCCAUCCAGAUGUCCUCCAAGGACAACCCCUGCAUUUACCACUUGCACCCACACGGCACCAACUGCAAGACAUCUUGA